AUUUAGACAUACCAAACUUCCGGUGACGUCGCUCUACUGUUUAGAAAUUUUCUAUACUUUCUAUAUACAGCUAUUAUUUGAUUUGCAAUGUCCCUCAAUUUUGAUUUUGUCAUUAGUCUCUUACCCGAAAGGGAUUUUGAUGGUCAACGUCGUGCUGAAAGACUAUUUCAAGUUAUCUUAGUUCUCUUUGGAGUUGUUGGAUUUAUCUGGGGCUACAUAUGCCAGCAAUUCUCUCAGACCGUAUAUAUCCUAAUCGCUGGAUUUGUUUUGUCUUGCAUUCUUACAUUACCACCAUGGCCUCUCUACCGUCGUAAACCCGUAAAAUGGUUGAAAAUAGGCGCCAAAGAACGUCAAGCGAAAACUACUGAAACUCGUCAAAAUAAAAGAAGAAAAGGAGCGGCUCUGCUCGCCUCAUUUACUGGUGUCUUGGCUUUUAGAAAUCGUUACAGAUAUCAUAAAACAAUUCAACCAUUGUUGAAUGACAAAUAUGUCCUAAUUACUGGUUGUGAUACCGGAAUUGGAAGGUCAGCAAUUAAUAAAUUGUCCGAAGCUGGGUUCCUUGUUUAUGCCGCUUGUUUGACAACUGAAGCUGUAAAUGAUAUCAAAAAGGAGUUCAAUGAUCAAGUAAUACCUUUCGUCAUGGAUAUUUCAAAGGAGGAGAGUGUUCAAGAAGGAUAUCAGUUUGUCAAAUCAACUAUGCGUGAUGAAAAAUCUUUAUGGGCGGUUAUAAACAAUGCUGGAAUUCUCGGUAAGUUUUGUCCGUUUGAUUGGCAAAACAAAGAAGAUUACGAGAACACUAUCUCCGUCAACUUCUGGGGUAAUUUCAACGUUAUGAAAUCGUUUUUGCCUUUGCUGAAAAAGAGUAAUGGACGACUUAUAACAACAACUAGUGCAACUGUUUUAUUGCCUCUACCUUUUACUAGUUCCUAUCUUGCUUCUAAAUUUGCGCUUGAAGGGCUAGUCGAGUCAACAAGGGAAGAAGUUGAAGAUUUUGGUGUUGGAGUCAUCAACGUUAGGCCUGGUCUUGUUUGGACAGACAUGACAAAAACAACAAAAAUCAAUUGGGAAAAGUCCUGGAAAUCUUGUCCUUUAGAAAUAAAAAAUCAAUAUGGAAAAGAGUAUUAUGAAGAAGUGCUCAACAAUCAGCCAGAAGUACCUGACUUCCUGAAAACCCCACCGUCAUCUGUUGCGGAUAUUUACGUCAGAGCUGCUACUGCUAAAUUCCCAAGAGCAACUUAUUUUAUUGGCUAUGAUGCUUAUAUAUACAGAUUUUUCAGUCAUUUUUCACCUGAUAAUCUUAUAAGAAGUUGGUUUAUCAAGAAGUUAACAUUACUAAAAACUAAACCUAAAGCUGCAAUUUCAAACAAUGAGAAUUAG